AUGCCCACCAACUUCACUGUAGUGCCAGUGGGGGAUGUAGAGGAUGGCAGCAACAGCGUGGGCACAGCUGGAGCCAGCAAACCUGUUAGUCUGGGCAAAAUUUUUGGAGAGGAAGACAAUGAGGACAACUUACAAGGACCUCACUCAGGAGAUGACAGUCAGAGAGAGACCAGUCCAUUCAUCAGCUCAGACACUGAAGGAGGGCACUGUUAUGACGGCAAGAACAUGGCCCUCUUUGAGGAGGAAAUGGACAGCACCCCUAUGGUAUCGUCUCUUCUUAACAAACUGGCCAAUUACACCAACCUGACCCAGGGUGUUCGUGAGCAUGAGGAGGCCGAGAACGCAGAUGGGGUCAGAAGGGUCACUGUCAUGGUCUCCCAGAUGGGAACCUUCAUCGGAGUUUACCUGCCCUGCAUGCAGAACAUCCUGGGUGUGAUUCUCUUCCUGCGUCUCACUUGGAUCGUUGGUACAGCAGGAAUCCUGGGAUCCUUCGCCAUUGUCUCCAUGUGCUGCAUCUGUACCCUGCUCACAGCCAUAUCAAUGAGUGCCAUAGCAACCAAUGGAGUUGUCCCAGCUGGUGGCUCAUACUACAUGAUCUCCAGAUCUCUGGGUCCUGAGUUUGGAGGAGCAGUGGGACUCUGUUUCUACCUGGGGACCACUUUCGCUGGAUCCAUGUACAUACUGGGCACCAUAGAGAUUCUGCUGACCUACAUUGUUCCAACAGCAACCGUAUUUAAAGAAAGCGAAGAUGCAGCAAUGCUCAAUAUGCGUGUCUAUGGCACAUGCUGCUUGGUCCUAAUGGCGCUGGUGGUGUUCGUAGGGGUGAAGUAUGUGAACAAACUGGCUCUGGUGUUUUUGGCCUGUGUGGUUCUCUCAAUCAUGGCAACUUAUGCCGGAGUCAUCAAGACGCUCAUCGAACCACCGGAUUUUAAUGUGUGUUUGUUGGGGAACCGCUCACUCAGGAACGAACAUUUUGAAACAUGUUCACCUGCCGAUAUUUCGCCCAUCUUCUGUAACAACGCCACCUGUGAUGAAUACUUCCAGUUAAACAACCUGACAGAAAUACAGGCUAUACCUGGGCUUCUGAGCGGAGUAAUCAAAGACAACCUAUGGGGCAACUAUGGUCCAGCUGGGAUGUUGAUAGAGAAGGCAAACCAGCCUUCAGUACCAGCCCAGGAGACGCCCAAAGACACCUAUAAGCAAUAUGUCUUCAAUGACAUCACCACCUACUUCACCUUGCUGGUUGGAAUAUACUUCCCCUCCGUCACAGGUAUCAUGGCUGGUUCUAAUAGGUCUGGUGAUCUCAGAGAUGCCCAGAGGUCGAUCCCAAUAGGAACCAUAAUGGCUAUUCUCACCACCUCUUUCAUCUACAUCUCCUGUGUGGUCUUAUUUGGAGCCUGUAUUGAAGGAGUGGUGCUGAGAGACAAGUUUGGUUUCUCCGUAAAGAAGAACCCAGUGAUUGGUAUUCUGGCCUGGCCUUCACCCUGGGUGAUUGUGAUUGGCUCCUUUUUCUCCUGCUGUGGGGCGGGGCUUCAGAGCCUCACCGGUGCCCCCCGGCUGUUGCAGGCUAUCGCUCGAGAUGGCAUCAUCCCAUUCUUACAGGUCUUUGGUCAUGGGAAGGCUAACGGCGAGCCUACGUGGGCUCUGUUGCUGACAGUUGGGAUCUGUGAGAUAGGAAUCCUCAUCGCUUCUCUGGAUGACGUGGCCCCCAUCCUUUCCAUGUUCUUCCUCAUGUGCUACCUGUUUGUCAACCUGGCCUGCGCUGUACAGACUUUGCUCCGUACCCCCAACUGGAGGCCUCGCUUCAAGUUCUAUCACUGGACCCUGUCCUUCUUAGGGAUGAGCCUCUGUCUCUCCCUUAUGUUUAUCUCCUCCUGGUACUACGCCCUGGUUGCCAUGGUGAUAGCCGGAUGUAUCUACAAGUACAUUGAGUACAGAGGGGCAGUGAAGGAGUGGGGAGACGGUAUCCGAGGUCUGUCCUUAAAUGCAGCACGCUACGCUCUCAUCCGACUGGAGGAAGCACCACUACACACCAAAAACUGGAGGCCUCAGCUGUUGGUGCUGUGUAAGCUGGACUCAGACCUGGCAGUGAAACACCCUCGUCUCCUGUCAUUCACCACGCAGCUCAAAGCAGGGAAGGGACUGACCAUCGUCUCCUCAGUCCUGGAAGGAACCUACAUGGCCCGGGGCAAUGACGCCAAGACUGGAGAGCAGAAUUUGAAAGCUGCCAUGGCUGCAGAGCGAACCAAGGGUUUUUCCCAUGUGGUGGUUUCAUCUAACCUGCGAGAUGGUUUCUCCCUGCUCAUCCAGUCAGCAGGACUGGGAGGGAUGAAGCACAAUGCUGUCCUGAUGGCCUGGCCAGUAGGUUGGAAACAAGCCCGGGACUCCUCUGCGAGGAGGAAUUUCAUAGAAACAGUGAGGGAGACAACGGCGGCACAUCAGGCCCUGCUGGUUGCUAAGAACAUUGACCACUUCCCUAGUAACCAGGAGCGUCUGAAGCAGGGAACCAUUGAUGUUUGGUGGAUUGUACAUGAUGGUGGACUGCUCAUGCUGCUGCCAUUUUUACUUAUUCAACACAAGGUAUGGAGGAAAUGCAAAAUGCGAAUCUUCACGGUGGCCCAGAUGGAUGACAACUCCAUCCAGAUGAAGAAAGAUCUCCAGAUGUUUGUCUACCAGUUGAGAUUGGAUGCGGUGGUGGAGGUGGUGGAAAUGCAUGACAGUGACAUCUCAGCCUUCACGUAUGAGAGGACGCUGAUGAUGGAACAGAGAUCUCAGAUGCUCAAACAGAUGCAGCUGUCUCGCACUGAGAGGGAGAGAGAGAUUCAGAGCAUCACAGAUGUAUCGCGUCGCUCCAUAAGGAGGAAGAAGCCGUCAGGUGUUGGUGCCCCACCCCUCAACACCCAGUCCAUACCAGAGGAUGAGGCCCAGUUGAUCCAUGACCGCAACACGGCCUCUCAUUCCACAAUGAAUGACAAAGCUGCAGGCUCCACACCAGAUCGCGUCCACAUGACCUGGACCAAAGACAAACUGGUCAACGAGAGGAACAGACACAGAGAAGGCAUGCCAGUUAAGGACAUGUUUAACAUGAAACCUGAAUGGGAGAAUCUCAACCAGUCCAAUGUGCGGAGGAUGCACACGGCCGUGAAGCUCAACGAGGUGGUCGUCAAGAAAUCCUGCAAUUCAGAGCUGGUCUUGCUCAACAUGCCAGGCCCGCCGAAGAACAAGAAAGGGGAUGAGAACUAUAUGGAGUUUUUGGAGGUUCUGAUGGAAGGCUUAGAUCGGGUCCUGUUGGUUCGUGGAGGAGGUCGGGAGGUCAUUACCAUCUACUCUUAGCACCAGUUUGUUCAAAAGGACGCUGUAAGAAAAUGUGGUUGGACAGUGGAAACCCAGCGGGUGGGGUGAGGGAGGUUGACAAAGGAGGACAUGGCUUCAAGGUGGGACAUGGACAAAGAUGUCUGACGGACAAAGUACAUCACAAACCCCCUCACACUGUCAGGAGAAAAGAAGCAAGAGUGUCGCUUAACAUUUUGGAGAACUGUGGCUGCUGUGAAGGACAGGGGGAGUCUUCCUGCUACACAGCCUGGGCUCAGUGCAUCAUCUGAGGGCACAGAGGGAUCUACACAGCCUGUCCUCCUAGGACUCCUUAACAUCAUCUCCACACUGUGAGAUGAUGAGGCUGCCCUGUGGAGACGUUCUUUCCUCAGAUAAACACUUUUUUCUAAAAGAGAAGUUAUUUGAAUUUAUUUCCUCACCAGACACCUUUUUGGGAGGAUGAACACUAAUUAUUGCAUUUCAUAGCUUUUCGUAGCUACCAUUGGAUUCAUUGAGGAAUGCUGACAUGGUUGACAGUGUCUUUAAGUGCCACUCAGGAAACUUUUCACUGAGACACAGUUGGAAUGAGUUAAACAUCUUUCUAAAAAAUAUCACGUUUUCCUCAUAUCACUGCACAGGAAGUCAGAACAAAAGUUUCACUGGUUACUAUAAGUAUUGAUAUGAAUCAGCAGCUAAGGCUGAGUUGAACACUGCUCACCUGUUUUCAUGUCAGAGAUAACAUUAAUGUGCCAUGUACGAUCAAAACAGUAUGUGUUGUGUUGCUUCAUACAUUUUUGUGUCCCUGUAAAUGGACGAUUAAUCAUCGAGGUAUAAUGUGAAGGAAUCGGAGGCCAAGACAGGGCAGCCCAACCCAAACAACAAUUCUGUGUAUUUAAAUAAAUAGGACCUUUUACCAGAGCCUUUCAUACAGAUUAAAAUGUAGUGUUUUAGCUAAUCAAAGAAGUGUGAAAACACACUAGCUCAAGCGUAUUUUUGUACAGUGUAGUAAAACUGUUGCUGGAGGUUAGGGAAAGGUCACGGGCAUGUUGAACAUGAGAGAAAGACUGUCUUUGUAAUGAAAAGAAAGCAGCAUUAAAGGAUAAUUCCAUUACUUUGGUUAGUAGAGUGUAGUAGAGUGUCCUCAUAUGACGACCAAAAGUACAGAAAUAAGAGCCAGAUUGUAAUAAAUCAGAAUUAUCAUUUAACUUCUGUGCGAAACAUAAAUUCCAGUCUUCUACAGUUCUACAAACAGUCUGCCUGUGAUAGAAAGGUAGACAUACCAUUGGUUGUUUUACAUGAGAGCCAUUUGAACAUAACAACACUGUGUUAUUUUCCAGGGACCACAUUCUCAUGUGCCCUCAGUUUGUGCUUGUGAUGUGUUACCAUUACACUGGAAUCACGCAGCUAAGCAUCCGAUUUCCUGAAAAAUAAAUACGCUUCGAUGUUGGAAAAAUGCAGAUUAUUUAACAGCAGGUUUUGAAGGCAUUCCCAGAAUCCUCAAAGACUCUGCUGACUCUUUGAAUGAAAAAAUAUUCAUGCUACACGCCAAAAAAGGAUUUUUAACCUGUUUAUCAACUUUGGACUGUUUUCCUCAUGACGGUAGCCUGAAAUUAGAAAAAAGGAAAGUAAUGUCAAUUUAAACAAAAAUAAUUAAAAUUGCGGUUUAUGUUCUACAUGUUGAGCAAAGACAAAUAUCAUACCAUCUCUGUUUGGACAAGGACACAGAGUUGCCCUGAGGACAUGGGUUCAAAAUCUCUUUACAGUGCAGUGGACAGAAAACUGUUUCUUCCAGAUGUUUUAGAAAGUCUUUGAAGAUUCUGGUAAUGCUUUCAGACCAGCAGUCAGUUUUGUUAAACAACCUGCUGGGUUUUUUAAACACAGAUGCUAUGCUCUGGAGUCCUGCUUUCACUGAACGCCUGGAUGGGCCUGUCCUAAUGAUGAUAAUGAUAAUAAUAAUAAUAAUAAUAAUAAUAAUAAUAAUAAUAAUAAUAAUAAUAAUAUAGAUUUUUACAUUAGAGACUAGUGUUUAAUAAUGUACAAGUAAGGAAAUUAGGUCUGGUGAAAUCCAUUAUGGAAAUUAAUCAUCAGUUCAGUUCAGUUCAGUUAUUCCCCCCUGUAACAUCAGAAGUUCUAAGUUCUCUUUUUUUUUUUUUUUUACCUUUAAGACAGAUAAAAGCGUCUCAUGCAUAGACAGAUUUUCCCAAAUCUUUGAAAAUAAGGUUCUGAUUUCACAGUCAAGAAACUCAUUGUGUAAAAAAUAUUGUUUUAAAUUGAGAGUUUCUGCUAAUUUUAGUUUUAAAAACUGAGGUCAGAAUUCAAGAGGAUUAUACACUGUGUCCAUCUGUAGCAGAGAUUUGGGGACAUUCUGUCUGUAUAAAUUAUGACCUAGAUAACAGACUCACCCAGAGCGAGAGGUGUUGAUUCAAACUGUUCAAAGAACCACCCAUAACAUGUCACAAAACACACAUCUAUACACAUACAGGCAGGAAAAGGUAGGCAGGAAAGGUCUGAGCAGGAAGUCAGUACACAAAGGAAGCGAAGCCGAAUGAGAGGCUGGUUACGCAGAUGAAGAACACUGUAAAUUCUCUGAUUGCCUUCUUCUCAUCUUAUCUAAUUUUCCUUCCUGUUCUUUUGACCCACUUCAUAAUGAGAGCCCAGCCUAUCUCACACAGCACAAUUAGUGAUUCUGGGAUAUUCUUCACAGUCCAACCAGUAUCUUACUGCAGUUAUAAAACAUGAACUCAACAGCAGGUAGUCUGAAGUGGUGUCAGUAUUUAACUGAAUAUACAAUUAUGAAUUUGUGAAUGGAAAAUGUUUUUUUAUAGACUCAGUCAUAUGACAUACAAAUAAUUAGUACACUCCCUCAGUGACAGGCAGUGCUUGAAUAAAAAUCACAAUUUCAGGUCAGCAGCUUUCCAGUUUUACCUAUAUGCAUGCUCUCUUAAAGCCUCUAAAAUAUUUUAAAUAUACUACUUAUAGUAUUUCUCGACUCUUAUUUUCAUCUGUUCCUGUUGCUGCUAUUCACAUUUUGGUGGACUUUUAACUUACAGACGUUUUACUUUUCGCUGCUGAUCUGAGUUAAGAAGAGCCAGCUGAGACCAGGUCCCUGUUCUUCAUGGAUGACUGACGUAGCCACAUUAGAUUGCUGAUGAUUUUACACAAGUCCUGAUUUUUUUUUUUUUAUUCUUAAAAGCUGCCUAAAAGUCAUUUGGAACUGUUGUUGGAGUAUUAAGUAAAGUAUAAGUCCCUGAGCCCAAACCUGCAAAAGUUAGAAAUACAGAGGUCACAGAUGGCUCACUUUUUUUUUUUUUUUUUUUUUUUUUGUUUAAGAUUUAUAACUAAAGAAAAUUGGUCUAAUAAUUAUUUUUAGAUGUGAGUAUGCAGCUUAUUGAGAAAUAAUUAUGAUCUGCUGGUUUAAUUAUCUCAAUUUAAUUCUCAUGAUAAAGAGUUACCUAUGCUGUAUACAAGAGGUUUCUACACUAAAAAAAAGAACCAAACCAAACAAAAAGACGUAAACUCAACAAAAAGAUUCUGACCACUGGAGCCACAGCAUAUGUUAAUUUAAGUCAGGAAUUUGCCAUGUUAACAUUACAACAGAAUGAAAUGAUUAACUGCAGAGUGCUUAGGUUAAAAAAAUGUUUUAUAUAAUUAAAACUGUUUUUUGAGAGAUUUUAGUAAGGUUUCAUUUUCAUAGCAGGCUUAUCUGAAAAAUCUCUUGAUUUCUCUCUCUUGACUGGUAAAAUUUAAUUGUGUUACAGUGAUCAAAGUCUGUAAGCAGUGGAAAAACUGUGGAGCACAUUGUAGAACAAAGUAAUGCCAAUAAAAAUGUAGGAACAUGCAUAAUAUGAGACCUUUUGCAUUAAUUUAUUUCCCCCAUGACAGCUGGGAGAGCUCCCAACACAC